UCUCCGUCUGCGUUUUGUUUGGUUCUCCUCCUCGGUUUCUUUGGGCGGUAGAGGCGGCGGCGGUGGCGAUGGCGGGGACGAGGGAGGAGAACGUAUACAUGGCUAAGCUGGCGGAGCAGGCGGAGCGGUACGAGGAGAUGGUCGAGUUCAUGGAGAAGGUGACGGGGGCCGCAAUGGAAGGGGAGGAGCUAACGGUGGAGGAGCGCAACCUCCUAUCGGUCGCCUACAAGAACGUGGUCGGCGCCCGCCGCGCAUCGUGGCGGAUCGUCUCCUCCAUCGAGCAGAAGGAGGAGAGCCGCGGCAACGAGGGCCACGUCGCCGCCAUACGCGACUACCGCGCCAAGAUCGAGACCGAGCUCACCUCCAUCUGCGGCGGCAUCCUCCGCCUCCUCGACGAGCGCCUUGUCCCUUCCGCCUCCGCCGCCGACUCCAAGGUCUUCUAUCUCAAGAUGAAGGGAGACUACCACCGCUACCUCGCCGAGUUUAAGACCGGCUCCGACCGCAAGGACGCGGCCGAGUCCACCCUCGCCGCGUACAAGUCCGCCCAGGACAUUGCGUCGGCGGAGCUUUCAUCCACUCAUCCGAUCCGGCUGGGCCUCGCACUCAACUUCUCGGUGUUCUACUACGAGAUCCUGAACUCACCGGAUCGUGCCUGCGACCUCGCAAAGCAGGCAUUUGAUGAAGCAAUUGCUGAACUGGACACCCUAGGAGAGGAAUCUUACAAAGAUAGCACUCUCAUCAUGCAGCUCCUUCGUGACAACCUGACACUGUGGACUUCAGACAUGCAGGAUGAUGGAGUGGACGAGAUCAAGGAAGCGCCCAAGGGCGAGGACCAGUAGCAGAAAUAUAUCAUGUCUCCCGAUUAAGAAGCUUCAAUCUCUUCAAAUCCUCUUGCUUUGCCAUAUGAUAUAUAGGUGGAGAUUGCGUCUUCUCUGUGGUCUUCGCUUCGAUGUCCGAGUGCUUCGUUAAUCGUAUUCGCUGUCGUUCGUGUUCUUUUCAUUUUAAGCUGAUGGAACCCGCUUGUUAUGUGUCGUUUGCUUCCGCAGUGGCGUCUCUGCUGCCAGUGUGUGUGGAUUUUGAGGGGCAAGAGUUGUCACUGAUUUAUUGACUAGAUAGAGCCACUCUGCUUCA